CUCGGAAAUCAAGCGCAUGCGCUAACAUCAGAUUUGUGGCUACAAAAAGAGCACAAUGCUGUUAUAUAGCACUGUUAUAGGACUGUAGUACGUACAACCUCUCUGCUUUCAUCUCUAGUAAGCUAAGCAACAAUGGAGUCCCAUGGCAUCUUUAUCAAACCAACUAGCAAUGACUUCUUUGCCAUUAGUAAAUUGUUAAUCAAAUUUGCUGAGAGUACUCAGUUUGGCGAUGAGGAUAGUUCAAAUGGACUGAUCAUACCUAUCAGCCCUGAACGUACUCAGCGUGUCCAGAAGGAUGGUCCAGGAGGGAAAGGAAAGACCAAUGUUCCACCUGUAAUGUCUCUACGGUCUGUUAAUGGAGAACUUUACGUUGUUGACAAUGGACAAGUAGUUGAAAAGGGAUAUUUUGAAUAUCAUCACAUCUCUUCGGCUGAAAUGACCACAAUCCUGAAACUUGGCAAUGAUCCAACCCACGAGUCUCCAACUCUGGUGCCUUUAGUGGAGAGUGAUCACCCUGAUGGUACCAAGCUCAGUAAACAUAAUUACCCUAAACAAGAGACGCCCACUUCAGAAACGGUGAACUUGCUGGGUGUUGAGUAUGGUAAUACACUGGCUCUGGAAUACAGUGAUGACCCCAAGGACACUCACGCCAAGCUAGUCAUUCUACCACAGCAUGAGUUGAAACAGAUCAUGGAAGAUAUGGAGAAAGGAAAGAAGAUGAUUUUCAAGACAAAUCCGGUAAUCAAGAUUCGCACACUGGUGGAAAUGGCCAAUCCGUCAGCCUCCAGUGAUACUCCAAACAACAUUGCUCUCUACUUUGAGACCUCUCGGUUCUACUACUACAUCCACGUGGAUUCCACUGUGAAUCCACCCAUACUAGACCUGAAGCCGACAGAGAAGACAAAAGCAUUCGAUCCUCACAAAGAUUUUGUGAGACAUUUACAAUUUGUAGAGCGAGCAAUAGUGAAAGGAGAGGAUGGGAAGCUUGCAACUCUUGCAGAAGACCAAAAAGACGGGCCAGAGAUAGAUGAUCUGCCUGAUAUCAACAGUCUUAAUUUAGUCAGCCGCUCUGAGAGUGACCCUGUUGCAAGCAUACCAACAGUUUUACAAUUUCUGUCUGAGCCAAGCAACCACAACGACCGAAAUUUGAAGGAAAAAGAAAAAGAAGUCAUCACGAAUGACUCGGCAACCAAGAGUAAUGGAAGUGAUCUCAUAGAAGAGUCAGAGUCGUCAAUUGAAACUGGACCUGUCACAGCGGAUGUGUGAAAGUGUCAAAUAACAACUCCCUAAAACUGAAACUAUAAUUAUCAUGACUCAUAAUAGAUCAAGAGUGCUUAUCAGUUAUUUUUUGUAGCAUAAAUUAUCUAAAGGUACGUGUAUAAUUGCA